GCAAACUCUCAAAAAAUGGCGCCCUCCAUGCGGCGGGAGGACGGAAUGUGAAAGCUAUUAAUUAGGGUGCUUUGUUCGAUUGCAGUUGUUUCUUUCGAUAGCAGGUCUUAAGUUUUUGAGCAUUUCUGUUAGGAAGCACCAUGUCUUCAUCUUUUCUGGGUAAUCAAACCUUGUCUCAAGCCAGCCUGGCUGAUGCAGUGGAAUCAGCUGCUGGCAUAGUUGACAGACAACUACUGGCAGAUAAAAGACAUGGUGAUCUCACAGACCUUCUCAAAGUGCAAUCUCACAAACUGCCUACAGCCAGUGGGUUAAAUGACUAUGACUAUCCAAGCAUCACAGAUACCAGAGCUGGUCUCGUUUCACUUCCUGAACUUAGCACAGUCAAAAGAGUUCCUUUGCCUCCUGAGCUGGUGGAACAGUUCGGACAUAUGCAGUGUAACUGUAUGAUGGGUCUGUUCCCAGAAAUCAGCAGAGCCUGGCUGUCCAUAGACAGUGAUAUAUUUGUAUGGAACUAUGAACAUGGGGGUGAUCUUGCCUAUUUUGAUGGUUUGAAUGAAACCAUUCUCAGUGCAGGUCUUGUUAAACCAAAGCCAGGAAUAUUCCAGCCUCACAUCCACUACCUCCUGUGUCUGACAACGCCAGUGGACAUUGUUCUACUUGGUGUCAGUUUUUCAAGUCCACAUCUAGAUCCAAUCACAGACCCAGGUUUCGGGGAGAUGCACCUCCUCCCUGAUCCUCUGUUCACUGUCCCCACAGACAACACCUACAUCCUGAGUAUCUCUGGCACAGAGAGUGGAAGGAUCUUCAUGACAGGAAAAGAUGGCUGCCUCUAUGAAUUGGCAUACCAGGCUGAGGAUGGCUGGUUCAGUCGAAGAUGCAGGAAGAUCAACCAUUCUACAAGCUCUCUGUCCUUCCUGGUGCCAUCAUUUUUAAACUUCUCAUUUGCUGAAGAUGAUCCACUUAUCCAAAUCAGUAUAGAUGAGAGCAGACAUAUUCUAUAUACAAGAUCAGAAAAAGGCACUAUUCAGGUGUUUGACUUGGGAGAGGAUGGCCAGGGAAUGAGCAGAGUUGCCGCAAUCACACAGACAACUAUUUUACAGAAUGCUGCCUUGGUAGCUAGAACAAUUGAUCGUUCAAAUUUUAAACCUAUAAUCCACAUAGCAGCUGUCACAAGAAAUGAGUCAACAAAUGUCCAUCUAAUUGCUGUCACACAUACAGGUGUAAGGUUGUAUUUCACCACCUGUUACUUUGGUGAGACACGUAGUCGCCCAAGUAUGCUUUCACUCCUUCAUGUACGCCUGCCUCCUGGAUUCUCUGCCAUUUCUACACAGCAAAGACCAACAAACUCUCACAUGGCACAUUAUAAAAGAGGAACGCUUCUCCUGGCAGCCUCCCAGUCUGAGGAUAAUGACCUGUUGUGGGCCCUCAGUCCAGACACCUUUCCUUUCCAAUCCCAGCUGAUGGAAACUACUGCCUCUGCCCCUAUUGAUGGCAGGACCUGGGCUAUAUGUGAGGUCCCCCUCCCCCUGUAUGGGCUAGGGGUACCCAGUGAUCCCCUGGGUAUGCCUACCAUUGACCCCCCUCUGGUAGUCACACAACACAUGGAACCUGUGAGGAGAUUUGUGCUGCUAACUGCUCAGGGAAGCCAUCUAAUGAACAAGCUACGUCCAGUUGACCAGUUGAGACAGCUGUUGUUAAAUAACAAUGGACCAGACUCUGAAGAAGUCAAGGCUUUCUUUAAACUACACAGGGCUGACCAGGCUUGUGCUACAUGCCUCAUCUUAGCCUGCUCCAAGCUUGCUGUUGACAAACAGGUUGCAGACUGGGCUGCAAGGGCAUUUUUCCUGUAUGGGGGAGAAGCCCAGUACAGUAUAGGGGGAAAUCCACCACCAAGCAAUAUAGGACCCACUUUCCAUGGCAACACUAGCACUAUAGGCACUAGUGGCUUUGCUUCCCCAGGCCCCGGACAGACAAGCUUUAGUGGUUUCACAACUCCUGCACCAGGGAUGCACCCUAAUCAGAUGUCUACACCUAUCACAAGUGGUUUUGGUCAACAACCACAACAACAGCAACAACAACAACAGCAGCAGUCAACAUUCACCAGUGGCUUGGCUCAUGAAAUGAUGUUCUCUGGUAAACAUGAUGGCCUGUGUCUAUAUGUGGGGAGAAUUGUACGACCCCUCUGGGACUAUAGGGUAGUCAACACUUUCACAGUUCAAGGCAAGCAAGGACAGAAAGAAAUUAUUGGCAGUCGCCUGAGCAGUGAAGACCUGGGUUGGUUUACGGAGCAGUUGUCAGAUCUCAAUGAUUUCAUCCAGGCACAUUCACAAUUCACCAUUCCCGUCAUGACAGACAGCAUGACCCCAGGGUUCACUCCAAGGGGUACCCUCCCCAGACCUGAUGGUGCCAUGGAUGAGCAGGCCAGGCGCAGGUAUCAAGCUGAGCUGCAGACUCAAGAGAAGAUAUCCACACAACAGAUGGAGCAGCUGAUUGAGAGGAUGUGUGAAGUCCUGGGGCUGUGGAAGAUAGUGUGUGACCAUCAGUUCCAUGUGGUAGCAGGAGAAUUAACACAAGACCAACAAAACCAGCUGAGGAGCAUGACCUUUAAAAAUUUUGUAGUACAUGGGAAGGAGAUCUGUUGUGCUCUGAUUAGCUGCUUAAUCAAGCGUUACCUAGGAGACAAUGCUACCACAGAUGCGAUCAGCAGUAAGCUCAGAGAAGUGUGUCCAUCUUUGUACAGCACAGAAGAUGCUGUUGCAUCAAAAGCAAAUGAACUACUUCAGUCAGCAAAAAUCACUCAGAACAAGUAUGAGAGAGAUCGCCUGCUUAGAGAAGCUCUUCUGAUGUAUAAACAGAUCCCACAGCAGUUGGACUUGCCUGUAGUGUGUGGACAGCUGAGCAGUGUAAGGUACUAUGAUGGUAUAGUGGACUUGUGUCUGACGGCUGCCAGUAAGAGGGACCCCCAGGGACUAGCACUUCAUCACUAUAAGAAUGGUGCGCAGCCAGAGGACACACAGGGGUGGCAGGCUUUCAGUCUAAGGAUGGACUGCUACAGGUGCAUUACAGAGAUGCUGAGUUACUUGUUGUCAACCAGUAUGUCCCACCCUCAGGCCCCAAGUGUCCCCAGAUCUCCCGGCCCCCCUCCAGCCCCCGACCCUCACAGGCUGACCAACACAGAGGCAGAGCAAUAUACUGAGCAGGUAUUCAAAUUGUGCCUGAAAUCAGAAGAUGAAGUGUUCCAUGUUGCAUUAUAUGAGUGGCUCAUAGCUGAGAAUCUUACAGAGAAAUUAUUAGAGGUUCAAUCCCCUUUCUUGGAGACUUACUUAAAGCAGACAGCCAACUACCAGCCAGACAACCUGGACACCCUGGAUCUCCUGUGGAAAUACUAUGAGAAAACACGUAACUUCACUGCAGCUGCCAGGAUACAAGCCAAGCUGGCAGAGAGAAGAGGGACGGACAUUCCUCUCCCACAGAGACUGGAAUACUUGUCACGUGCAAUCAUGUGUGCUAAGAGCUCCAGCAUGCGCACCAGCUCUGCAAAUGAGGGUGAGUUUUUGCACGAGCUUGAAGAGAAGAUGGAGGUGGCCAGGAUACAACUGCAGGUGUUGGAGAUGGUUUCCAAGUUGCCGUCACAUCACACUGAGGACAGCAUCUCCAGGCUGAACUCUGAACUCAUGGACAUUACAACACUUUAUGGAGAGUUUGCAGAGCCAUAUGGUCUGGCUGAGUGUAAGCUAGCCAUAGUCCAUUGUGCUGGACAUUAUGACCCAACACUAGUGGAGUCCCUGUGGCAGGACAUUGUGGAUAAAGAAUUUGAACACAGUCUGGCGUCUGCGCCUCAGACACGCAUGGCCACUAUAAGCAAGAAAUUGGUGAUACUUGGAAAGUUGUAUGGUGCAACAGAAAGAUACUUUCCAUUAGCUUUCCUGGUGAAAUAUUUGGAGAAGAAGAGCUGCGAGUAUAGCUUUGACUCCAAGUGGGUGUUUACCACCUUACAGCAGAUAGGUGUGUCCAUGCCAAAGCUGCAAGAGGUUUAUGACAGACUCUUCAAGUCAAAAGACCCCUACUGGCAGGCCAUGAGGAAACCACUGCAUCUGUUGACUGUGCUACGGUGCCUGGUGGAAAGCUAUACAGAUGCACCAAACACUGUGCCAGCAUAUGAAAGGCGUGCCUUCACCACUACCUGCCUGGACAAUGUGGCAGCCUACCUGGUUGAGUUACAGUCCAUUGUUGGGGGAGACACCACAGUGAGGACUCUCAUUGCAGAAUUCAAAGGGGUCCAGGCAAAACUAGAAAGACUACAAUGUUAAAUCUAUUGUUCGUAAUAUCUAUGGAAAAUGAAACUAUUUAAAUUGUAAACAGAGAUCAGAGAACUGGGAAACAACAAUAGUGAUUGUGUUACCAGGGUUAAAGCAAAAUUAACAAAUAUUAUGGUUUUUCUAUCAUUCACAAUAGAAAUGCUCCCAAAACCAGGAAGUUGAUUGUCAAGAAUGCUUAGAACAUGUGAAGUACAUGGUUUGGCCUCCCUGCUGUGAAUAUACAGAGAAUGGAUCUGUGUGUUACACACAGCCACUGUGAUGAUUUUGGAAAAUGUCGAUUUGAACAAAUUGGCUAGUGUUUCCAGACAUUUCUGUAUGUAUGGUAGCAUUAUUGGAAACAAUGAUACUAAACAUUCAUUUCUACAUCUUUAUGAGUAUACUUAACUGUCUAUAAAUUGACAAUGAGAUGCUUUUCUAAAUGUAAUUCUUAAUGGCAAAAUCAAGUGUUUUGUUUUAUUUUUCUAGAUUGAAAAGCUUAUGAAAUUCAGCAAUAUCCAAGCUUUAACAAAUGAUACGUACUUUUGUUGUAUUGUAUAAUUUCACAUAAUAACUUCUUAUUAAGGAGUUUAAACGCUGGAGCAAAUUCUGUAAACUGAAUACAAAGUUUACAAAAUGUCAAUAAAAAUUAUUUUGUAUAUCUUUCA